AUGGCGCGCUUCCAUGAGCUUUUGCGAGCUGUGGCUCGGGUAAGUGAAUUGAAGGCCGUCCAGAGUUCUUGGGGCUUCGUCAAAGGUUUCCACGAAGCGGUUCAGAAGAAAUUCUUCGAGGGGGAGGCACCGGCCAUGUACCGCUUGAAAGGCAACAAGUAUUCCCAUCACUACGGUGCACCGAAGCGGAGUAACAAGGCUCCCAAUGUUGCGCCGUACCUGGCUGCCGCAGUCAUUGCUGGCAUGGGUGUGUUUUUCAUUGUGCUCCCCAUCAGCUUCAACCGAAGCUAUGCUGCUUCGAAGCAAAGAUAUGAGGCUUUUGCCAAGGACAACGCCGACAUCUUGGAGCGACAGUUUGACAGGGGGCAGUUCGCACGAGAAGGACGUACAGACACAAUUUUCCUCAAGCUGAGCCAGGCGCUUCCUGCUUUCAAACAACGGGAACAAGUUGCUGGCAUCUCAGGUCGGGGCCGCACGUUCCGACGUUCCGAGAUCAGCACGGUGAAGGAGAAUCAGGUGGUACUUCUGAGUGGCGAGACUGGAUGUGGCAAGUCCACACAGGUUCCUCAACUCAUCCUGGACGCUGCUCCGGAGGCCAAGAUCUUGGUGAUGCAGCCCCGGAGAAUUGCCGCCACCACCCUGGCAGAACGCAUCGCAGUCGAAAGAUGCCAGCGCUUGGGCGUGGACGUGGGAUACCAGGUGCCCAGUGCCUCGCAGUCGGAGAACGCCCGGUUGGUUUUUUGCACCCUGGGGGUGUUUCGGAGGAGGCUGCUCCUUGACCCAGAUUUGGUGGGUGUGACCCACAUCAUUUUUGACGAGGUUCAUGAGCGAGACAAGUUGGCGGACUUCAACAUGCUGGGGGCCUGGAAAAAGAUGGAGCCCUACAGCUGUUUCAAGGUGGGAAGCAAUGCGGCAUCAGAUCCAACUGGCGACAUGCACCACGCUCUUAACAUGCUGCAGCUGAACAAGCAGCAGAAGUAA